UAGAAUUUCAAUGUGCUCGCGAUUUUCUUCUCUCUUCUUCACUUUACACAUACCUCAUUUCUGGGUCAUACUGCCAUUCAGCAUGAUCCUCUCUAUCAUUACAUGAGCAUCCAUUUCCGAUUACAGGCCCAUUCUGGUGCUGUGCCGCAUCGGUCACCCCAGAUUUGAACAAGGCUCUGGUCGAUCGAUUGAGACCCAAGCAACCAGUCAGCCCUAGCCUCGUUCUGCUCCUCUGAAGCAAGUCGAAAUAAUCAGUCUUCGUGCACCAACGGUACUCUUUUUCCUUCUGCGAACUCGGGUCCAAGAUGGCACCAGAACUACUACCAGAAAUCUAUCUUCACUCGGCACAAUUCAUUUCGUCACCAUCAACGAUAGCAAAUUGCUGUCUUGUCUCGAAGGAGUUCUAUCGAAUAUUUACGCCGUACCUGUAUAAACACUUGAAUCUUCGCACAGGUCCACCUAACCCGGAUGAAAAAUCUGAACACGAUCCAACGCGGGCCUUGAGAAGACUGAGAAUUGCUUAUCUCAACGAUCGAUUUCUCUUUACGAAGCAUUUUGAGAUCUCUGUUCACACGGGGAACGAUAUUAUUAUGUCGAGAUACCUCUCAUCCAUGUCAAAUAUUGUGUCUUUCUCAGCCGAGAAUAAGAUGUCGCAACAUUGGAAAGAUAUCGUCUUUCGCGGCCAGAAUCCAUAUGUUGGUUUGGCUGAAAGUACAAUAAUGAACUACAGUCUUCUAAUUUCUAGGGAAAUCUCUUUUCUAGUCUCUUGUCGUUUGGCCAUGUGGAGAUGAACUACUGUCAAGGAGUUUCUAGCAGAAUCUUUCGAACAGAUUCGUUCACUGACGUGGAAACAGCUUCAAUGACACAAAGGCGCCU